AUGUCCAUCACUCUGCCGUCCUUCGCGGGUUACUUACCCCUCUGGCUCCUCCUCACAUCCGCAGCCGGAAUCUUCAACAUCAUAGCCUGCUACACCUCACCCACCCUCGGCGGCCGACUAUUCCAAGGCCCAGCAGGCAAAGCUCAAGUCAGCGGUCUCAGCAGCCGGCUCUUCGCUACCUGGACCCUUACUUCGACAGUCGUGCGCAUGUAUGCGGCGUUCAAUCUUGACAAUAAAGAAGUUUAUGCGCUUGCUUUUCUGAGUUAUAUCAUCGUGUGGCAGUUCUUCCUGAGUGAGUGGUUGGUUUAUGGGACGGUUAAGGCGGGGAGGGAGAUUGUGCCUUCGUUCAUUGUUUCGACGGUGGGCGUGACUUGGAUGUUGUCGCAGUGGAGUUUUUAUACUGGGGUGUAA